AUGGCAUAUAGGAGAAGACAUGGAAUUACUAGGACAUCAACAUUCAAAGAAGAGAUUUAUCAGCCACAAGAAAAUGACAACCCCCAUAAAAGCAUCAACAAAAGUAGUAAUAUCAAUGAUGAUACUUUGCUUACAACAUCUUCUCCAUCUUCAUCUCUGGCUGCUCAGGCUAUUAGGGCAUCUGCUGCUCAUCGUGAAUCAUCCCUUUCUUCUGCAUAUGCUGGAGAUUCUAUCUCUCAGAGAUCUAAGGUGUUUGAUGCAUAUGAGGACAAACUGGGAACAAAUGACUCGAAAGGGUUUUGGGGUGUUCUUGCUCAGAAAGCGAAAGCAAUUCUCGAGGAUGAUAAUAUGUCUCAACAAUUUGAAACACCAGCAAGAUCCAGGUUUCAGAUGCCAGAUACCUCUGCAGGUGGUCAGUAUUCAUACCAGACACCUGAGGGCUUGAGGAAAAUGGAUAAUCCUACAAUACGAAAGGGCUUGGAUAAGAUUACAUCUUCCCUUAAUCAAAUUGGUGACACCUUCGAAAAGGCUUUCGAGUUCGUUAUCCUACUUGAUGAGCUCAUGAUUUCUAUCUAUCACCCGAGCAAGGCAAGGAUUGCUAAGUGUAGCCAGAUUCGUGAAUUUGUAAAUAUAACAGAAGGGCGCACCAUUGUGGAAAAUAAGACUGCAGAUAUCAUCCAAGAAACUCGCAAACUGCAAAUUAGGCGAAAAGGUCCCGAGGCACUUAAUCAAGGUCCUGGUGCAAAUAGUUCAUGGAUGCAUCAACCUACACAACUUCUGAACCAAAUGAACCAUGAAGAUCAACUGAAGGCAUCUCGCGACGUUGCGAUGGCUACUGCUGCAAAAGCAAAACUUCUUCUUCGGGAACUAAAAACUGUUAAAGCAGACCUGGCUUUUGCUAAACAAAGAUCUUCACAGCUGGAAGAAGAGAAUAAAAUCCUUCGGGAGAGCCGUGAAAAGGGCAGCAUUGCUGAAGAUGAUGAUCUGAUCCGCCUUCAAUUGGAGACACUUUUGGCUGAGAAGGCUCGCCUAGCACAUGAGAAUUCUAUAUAUGCUCGUGAGAACCGCUUUCUGAGGGAAAUUGUAGAAUACCACCAACUUACGAUGCAGGAUGUUGUUUAUUUGGACGAAGGCAGUGAAGAAGUUACUGAAGUUUAUCCCUUUACGAGGAUGCUUUCUGUUUCUCCACCCUCCCCCACCUCUCCUUCUGAGACCACAUUAAGUUCAUUAUUGGAAAAGGAAAUCUAUCCCGUCCCUGUCCCUCCACAAGAAACACAGGAGGUUUCAGAAAGUGAUGUCCCUCCAAGUGCAGCUGUACCUGUACUCAAGGAAGAAGAAGAAGAUGCAAGAAGUAAUGCCCCCACAAGUGCAGGAUUACCAGUGCUCAAGGAAGAAGAAGAAAAAGGAGAUGCAAGAAGGCGUGCCAGCAUGUACCAGUCACAGAGGCAUUCCAUUUUGCCAGCACUGCAAAGCAGCUCAUUCAGCGAUGAAAGAAUACCAGAGAUUCUAUAUUCGCUUCCUGCAUACAGUCAGGACUGCCGACUGGCCAGAGACUAG